AUGUCCGCCCUCUCGUGCCCGCCUCCCUCGCCCACCUGUGCGCUGUUCGCCCAGUAUUCCCCGCUCUUCACCUCGGGGCUCCUCUCCGACCCGCGCGUCCCCACAAAACGCCGCAAGUGCGCGCACGACUCCUUCCCGCUCACCGUCAACACCGCCUCCCUCAGCUUCUCCGGCGUCCUGCGCUCGUCCCUCGACCUCGUCGAGGACAGCACCCUCUUCCUCACCCUCGCCCCCCGCCGCCGCGUCCCCGAGGGCCGCUCCUUCCUCUCCCUCGACCUCGCCGAGAGCCAGUCCAUGCGCUCCGUCAGCCUGCGCCGCAAGGACACCGUCACCACGCGCGCGACUGCUGCUACUCUGUUUGGGCGCUCCGAGCCGAGUUCGCCCUCUGCGCUCUCGCCGUUAUCACACCGUGCCCCCCUCUCCCUCUCCUUCUCGCGACCCGCGCCCUCCCCCCGGCGCGCCCUCCCCCUCCCGUCCCCCAAGCCCGCUCCGCGCGCGAGCCUCCCGCAGCCCCCGCGGCGCCCCGCCCUCUCGCUGUCGACCGCGCCCUCCUCGCAGCUCCCGUCGCCGGUGACGCACCGCCCGACGCGCUCCGCGCCGUCGCUCCUCCCCCCGCCCGCGCGCACGUCCCCGCUGGCGUCCCCCGCGCUGCAGUGUUUCAUGGUGUGUCCCACCCGGCCGGCUUCUCCUGGUAGCGCGCGCUCUGUGGCUGCGGGUGCUGCGACUCUGCCUUCUGGUCGGGAUGGUACCGGGGAGGACGCGGAGCCGGCGUGCGCGGGCUCCCCCGAGUCUUGCGCGGUUUCCCCUGCGCGCAGCGCGCUUUCUGUGUCCACCGCUCCGGCGCCUUCUGUGCCGCGCGUGGUUGCUGGUGUGUCGCAAGCGCGCUCCGCCGAGUGUUCGUAUUUGCUGUUCUCGCCGACGUCCCCCGCGCGUGCGCCUCCCAGCGUGCGCUCGGUGUCCACGGCUGCCCCCAUUCCGACUUGUGCGCCCGCGCCGUCUGCUCGGGCCGGUACGAGGGAGGAGGACGCGGAGCCGGCGCACGCGCGCUCCUCCCCCGAGUACUCGUAUCUGCUGUUCUCGCCGACGGACUCGUCGUCGUCGUCCGUCGGGUCCCCCCCUCCCGCGCACCCUACUGCGCUGACAGCCUCGCCGUCGGUGCGCUCGACGUCGACGGCUGCGCGGCAGAUGAACCGGAGCGCGGCGCUCGCUGCGCUCGAGGGGCGGAGCCGGUCGACGAGCCGCCGUCGCAGGCGGAGGAGCAACUUUAUGAGUAUGAGCGACGAUGAGGAGGAGGAGGAGGAGGAGGAGGUUGCGCUUGAGCGGGUGUUGGGGGAGGAGGAGGAUGUGGUUGUUCCUGUGCCUGUGGUGGGCGGUGGGGGUGCGGGCUGUCGGACGAUCGGGUCGGUGCUUUACCCGCUUGCGAACUUUAUCGACCUGCGGGAGGACGAGUUCUCGGGGCGGAGCUGGAGGAGCUUCGUCGAGGUCUCGUCGUAG